ACAGCAGCGAACAUGAACGGGAUUUCUUCUUUUCACCACUAAAACUCAAAUCAGGAACUUUAUUUUAGUCAGAUCAGUAUUUAAUCCAGCAUAUCUCACGUUCCCCUUUGCAUAAGUAUGGCAGAAAACUCAAAUGAUGAUCUGCUGCAACAUUGUGUCCACAUGGUCAGUAAGUAGCAGGAGAUGGUUAGAGUCGUGUCUAAUAUCAGAUAGAGAAGGAUCAUGGUUGAUAAAGAGGAGUUAGGAAUCAGAUUGAAGAAGCUGCUGGUGAGAUUGAAUCUUCAGGAGGGAAAGCAGUUGGGCACCUUGGUUCAGAUCAUUCAAGAUCUUCUGUUCCUGUCCUAUACAGAUGACUGUGUUGAGCUGUUUGCAGAUAAAAAUGUCCACGUGCCUGUGAUGCUGGUGCUGUCAUCACAUUUCAACAGCAAAGUUCAGCAGGUGGGUUGGUCUCUGAUGUGUCGUCUGAUGGAGAUCUGCCCCUCCACUCUGGACAGUCUGACCAGCCCAGUGGAGUAUCAGUUUAUCGGGGUGAACCAGCAGAUUCUGAAGGUGCUGUCCACGUAUCAUAAAGACCCCAAGAUGAUGAUGGUGGGCCUGAGAGCUCUGGCUCUAUUGCUGAAGUCAGAUGAGAUUCUGAUGCAGGUUCUGAAUGAGGAGGAAGUGGACGUGCUUCAUCUGGUUCUGGAGGCGAUGAGGUCAUUCAGUGACAGUGAGGAGGUUCAACUGCAUGGAUGUGCUGCUCUACAAAUAUUGCUGCACAGAGUUUCAGUAGAUCAUUUAGUGGAGUUUAUUGAGAAGAAAGACCAUGAGGUGGUUAUGAAUGCUCUCAGCAGCUUCAUGGACAGUGAGAAUGUAGUUCUGCAGGCUCUGAAAGUCUUUCUACCACUGGCUGAUCCAGCCAGCAAUGUUGAGAUGCUGAUGUCCAAAACGGUCAAAUGCUACAGUCUGACCUGUCGGGCUAUGGGCACAUGGCUGAACUCAGAGGCGAUACAGGAGGCUGGAUGCUGUUUGUUACUGAAAUUUACAUCAGAAAGUUACUGCAAUAUUCUGGUACUGAAUGGAAUUCAUAAAGUGGCUAUGAAAGCAAGUGUCUCUUAUCCUGAGAACGCAAUAUUGCAGACCGCUGCUCUUUCCUGUCUGAGCGCACUGGCGGAGUGUAUAGUACAGAAUGAAGGACUGGACAGAGAGUGGAAUGAGGACGACAGGGUGGAACAGAAAGUGAUUGUAAAAAAUGAACCUGCCCAAGCUGAUGAGACACUUAUAUGGAGAGAGGCAUGUUAUACGGCUUUAGAGCGGCAUGCUGAAGACGUCACAGUGCAGGAAGCUGCAUGUUGGGCCUUAAACAGUUUGCUGCUCCAUGGCAAAACAUCCAAUCAUGUGGAACUGGAGGGAAGGCCUCCUCUUCAUAUACUUGUGAUGGCUGCGAUGCUCUUUCAUUCAUCAAGUGUUCGGUUGUUCAAAGCUGCAUCCUGCACACUACACACACUAAUAAAAUGCCACAGUAGGAUGAGAGCUCUGCUGCUGUCUCAAGGAAUACAUUUCAACAUUGUGAAUCUGAUGAGGAAACACGCAAACUCCAGCGACGUGUGCGAAAGUGCCUGCAAACUGCUUCACACACUUUUCCAGGGAGCGAGGGCUAGUCUAGAUGAAGGAGCUCUGGUUAUUGGUCAGAUUUUGAUGGCACUUAAGACUCAUAACUUCGUUCCUGAAGUUCAGCUGGCGGGACUCAGAGCCAGUUUAGUGCUUCUUAACCCAGACAGGCGUUUAAGGGAACAUGGCAACUCAGUGGCAGAUCCUGAUACAGUGGACGUAUCUCUGCGGGUGCUGAAGAACCAGUGUGUACUAGAGGGAGCGCACACUGUAUAUCUAGAAGCACUUAAUAGAUUUAUCAAUAGUGUGGAGAUUCAGGAGUGUGGGUUUGGCGUUCUCUCUGCACUAGCAGACUGUUCUGGAGCGGUUGACCUUAUGUGCCAGCAAGGAGCGAUAGACACAGUGCUGCACACACUGCAGGUGUUUCCACAGAAACGGGAUAUUCACUACUGGGCUCUUAGUCUUCUGUUUCACCUCAUCUCCAAGAAGAAGCUUUCUCGCAUAAUGGUGCCUGUACUGGCCUCUGUGCUGGUCAGCUCUGUACGGCAACACAAAGAGGACUCAGUCAUGUUCCUGAAGGGUUUUCAAGUGUUGUGGAAACUGUUGGACACAUGCUCGAGUGCCGCAGCAGAGCUGCAGAGAGAGGCAUUUGAGAAAGAGUUAUUUCAGAUCCUGAGAGAAAACACACCAGACCAGUGCAAAGAUCAAUUGCAGAGAAUUAGUUGCCUGUGCUUGUGUAAGAUGACAGCUGACAGUAACAUCAUGUACAGUCUGUUGGAGAGAGCGUGUGAAGAUGGAGAUGUGGUCAUGACAGAGUGUCUGAUACAGCUGGGCGCUGACAUCAACAAGAAAACAAAGACUGAUUCGCUCAUAUACAAGGUUUGUGAUCGUGGGGCUCCUCUGGCUUUGCUGGAGCUGCUGGUAUCUGCAGGGGUUCAUGAACAACAGUUGCGUGGAGCUCUGGCCGUGUGUGUCAGGAGAGGUGACGACUCUGCUGUCACACUUCUUCUCGCCCGUCUGGGGCUGGAUCACACCAACAGCGCCCUCUGCCUCGGGGGUUUUCAUCUUGGGCAAAUGAAAGCAAGCUGGCUCAGUACACUGCUCUCUGAGCGCGAGAACCUCCAGCCAAUCAGCAACAACAACAGUAAAGGCCAGUGUUUGGCCAGACAGAUCUUGGCACACCAGAGGAAAAAGGGGUUCAUGAGAGUCUCUAGGUACGCCAGUGACAUCAGCACAUCAGGAUAUUUAACCGAUGAGGAAAGUGACGACUCGCACAUCUCCUUAGAUGACAGCCUGGUCUUCAUGUUUGAUGAUAUGGAGAGUGACGGGAAUGAUGGACCUCCACGCGGAGCAAUGCUUUACAGCGAUUCACCAGAACUGAGCAGAAAACCUGCUUGGAGACAACACAGUCGACGCAGUGCCAAUUCAGAGGGAUGCCAUGUUGAGAUGGAUCCGAAUAAGAGGUUUAACUGGAACUCUCACAACACCAGAGGGCAGGGGUUUGAAAGCUUCUCUCCCAGUCCUUUUCCUCUGGGUGUGAACAAAGAGCCCGUCCGUCUGCUGGACCUAUCAGGGAAUGAGCUUGACAGUUUGUCCUGUUUGAUGGAGUGUUCUGUCAAACAACACAUCCAAAAUCUUCUGCGGCUCGAUUUGAGCAGCAACAGCCUGUCGGAGUUUCCUAGCGCUCUGUGUCAGAGCCUACAAAGUCUGACUCGACUUGAUCUGCAAGGUAACCAGUUGCAGUCACUUCCUGCGGAGCUGCUGGGUUUGCCUGCUUUGAGCGUGCUCGAUGUGUCCCGCAAUUGCAUUGGUCCACUUCUGCCGCUGGACCCAUCAGUGCGCUGCCCAACAUUACGCCAGCUCAACUUGUCCUUCAACCAGAUCUCUGUUUUCCCCUUCCAGAUGGGUCAGGCCAUGGAAAAACUGGAGGAGCUGUCGCUGGAGGGGAAUCAAAUAUCAGAACUGUCUCUCCCACUCUAUCUGGCUGAAUUGAAAGUUUUAGACGUCAGUAAGAAUCAAGUUACAAUGAUUUCAGAAAACUUUCUCACUGAAUGCAUCAAGAUGGAAACUUUUAACGCUUCAUUUAAUCAAAUCAGUUCACUGUUGCACCUUCCUUCAAAAAUAACCACCAUUAAAUUAUCACAGAACAAUUUUACAAAGGUUCCUGAAGUAAUUGUCAACCUGCCAUAUGUGCGUUCGGUGGACAUGAAGAAUAACAGCAUCAGUGUUCUCCCGGGUCCGGAGGUCUGGGUCAGUUUGAAUCUGAGAGAGCUGAUGUUCAGCCACAAUCACAUCUCUGUGCUGGACCUCAGCAGACCUGUUUACAAGUGGGCUCGACUCGAGAAACUCCAUCUGAGCUCCAACAAACUCAAUAAAAUUCCUCCUCAGAUUGGUCUUCUGGAGGACUUGACGUCUCUAGAUGUAAGUCAGAAUUCAGCUCUGCGCUCUUUUCCUGAUGAGAUGGGGAAGCUGCUGCGCUUGUGGGAUCUUCCUCUGGACGGCCUGCAGCUGCAGCUUGACCUCAAACACAUCGGCAGCAAAACCAAAGACAUCAUCAGGUUCUUGCAGCAGCGUUUGAAGAAGGCUGUGCCAUAUUACCGUACAAAGCUAAUCGUGGUUGGCAGCCCAUGCAGUGGUAAAAGCUCUCUGAUUCAACAGCUGAUGAGACUGAAGCGCUCUCAGUGGAAAUGUGAUCAGCACACUGUCGGCAUCAGUGUCAGGGACUGGACCCUCAGAAAGAAAGACAAGAGGAGCAUACUGCUCAAUGUGUGGGAGUUCUCAGGUGGUGAGGAGUGCAGUGGUCUUCACCCUCAUUUCAUGAGCUCCAGAGCUUUGUAUCUGGUACUGUAUAAUCUGAGUAAAGGACCUAGUGAAAUAGACUACAUCAAACCCUGGCUAUUCAACAUCAAAGCUAUAGCGGGUCAGUCUCCUGUGAUAGUGGUUGGCACUCAUGCAGAUGUAUGUGAAGAGCGCCACCUGCAGGAGUGCGUGCUGAAGCUGCAUGAGGAGCUGCUUUCUCAAACUGGCUUCCCAGCGAUCAGAGAGAAUCACAUACUGUGUGCCUGUGAGGAGUCAGAGUCCAUUAGCACUUUACGCAAAGCCAUCUACAGAGAGCUCACUGGGUUCAAGAUUCAGGGUGAGCCUGUGAUGGGUCAGCUGAUUCCAGACUGUUAUGUGGAGUUGGAAAAGAGAAUCCUGCAGGAGAGAUCUCGUGUUUCUGAUGAAUUCCCAGUGCUUAGACACAGCAGACUGGUGCAGCUGAUACAGGAAACACACCUGCAGCUGGAGGAGGGAGAGUUACCACACGCUGUACACUUCCUCAGCGAGGCCGGUGUUUUGCUGCAUUUUGAUGAUCCAGUGUUGCAGUUAAAGGAUCUGUACUUCAUUGACCCACAGUGGCUUUGUAACAUCAUCUCACAGACAUUGACUUUGAGGAGUUCUGGUCAGUGGGACAGUGCUAGAGGAGUAGUACAGCGCUCCACUGUAGAGAAGUUUCUGGAUAAAAGCCGCUGUUUCCCUCAAGAUCACCUCACUCAAUACUUCAAAUUGCUGGAAAAGUUUCAGAUCGCCCUGCCCUUUGGAGAGGACCAGUUACUUUUGCCCAGCAGUCUGUCAGAUCACAGGCCGGUGAUCGAGCUUCCUCACUGUGAGAACUCAGAGGUGAUCAUUCGUAUGUAUGAAAUGCCAUACUUCCCCAUGGGCUUCUGGUCCAGACAGAUCAGUCAUCUGCUGGAGGUGUCAUCGUUUAUGCUCUAUGGCAGAGAAAAAGCUUUGAGACCAAACCGGAUCUACUGGAGGAAGGGCAUUUACCUGAGCUGGUCUGCUGAAGCUUACUGUCUGGUGGAGGCCUCAUCUCUAGAAGAGAACCCUGCCAGCUUUAUCAAGAUCACAGUCCCAUGUUCCCGCAAAGGUUGUGUGUUGUUGGGGCAGGUGGUGGAUCACAUAGACUCUCUCCUGGAGGAAUGGUUUCCAGUCCUCCUCACCACUGACGUCCAUGGCUCUGGAGAAACACUGCUGAAGAAAUGGGUUCUGUACAGCUUUAACGAUGGACAACACUGCCAGAAGAUGCAGCUGGAAGAUCUGCUCUCUAACAUCAGUGCAGAUGGUCUGCUGGUGAAUCCAGAAGACCCCAGCUGUACUCUGCCCAUCUCUCAGAUCUCUCCAGAUCUGGUGCUGAGUGACCAGCCCUCCAGCACGAUACUGGAUCCAGAGGCGCUGGAGAUGGAGCUCUCCAAAGAGUAUCUGCUGGGUGAUGGAGGAUUUGGGUCUGUAUAUAAAGCUGUGUACAAGAAUGAGGAAGUUGCUGUAAAGAUUUUCAACAAACAUGCAAGUGCGCUUUAUGUUCACCGACUGGUACGACAGGAACUGGUAGUGCUCGGCAGACUGCGUCACCCCAGUCUGGUGGGCUUGCUGGCCGCUGGCUGUAACCCGCACAUUCUGGUGAUGGAACUGGCUCCGUGCGGCUCUCUGGAUUCGCUGUUUGAGCAGGAGAACAGCAGUCUCAGUCGUAAACUACAGCACAGGAUAGCUCUGCAUGUGGCGGAUGGUCUCAGAUAUUUGCACUCCUCUAUGAUUAUCUAUCGGGAUCUGAAGCCACACAAUGUUCUGUUGUUUAAUCUGAAAACAGACUCUGAGGUCAUUGUUAAGAUAACAGACUAUGGCAUAGCACAAUACUGCUGCAGUAUGGGUGUCCGCAGCUCAGAGGGAACACCAGGGUUUAGAGCACCUGAGGUUGCUCGAGGGAAUAUCAUCUAUAAUGUCCAGGCUGAUGUGUAUUCGUUUGGUCUGCUGCUGUAUGACCUUUUGACCUACGGUGAGAGGAUAUCCAACGGGAUGAAGUUUCCCAGUGAGUUUGAUGAAGUGGCUGUACAGGGGAAACUACCAGAUCCAGUGAAUGAUUACGGCUGUUCUCCAUGGCCAGGGUAUGAGUCUCUCAUGAGGGACUGCUUGAGAGAAAACCCCCAGGACAGACCCACAUCUGCUCAGGUGUAUGAUCGUCUGAAUUCUGCAGAGAUGUUGUGUCUGAUGCGAGAGCUGACGUUGUCGAGUUUACCGGGUGAGUGUCUUGCCCUCUCCAGUGCAGGUGGAGGUGUGAAUGGAGGACGAGAGGUUCAUGUGUGGAUCGGGGGCGGCAGCAGCAGUCAGAAGCUGGGCUGUGUGGCAUCACUGGAUCUGGAGACGGGGAGGAGCUUAAGCCACGAUAUUGACAGCAGUCCUGUCCUAUGUGUGGUGAUGGUUAGAGCUCCACGGUCAGCCUAUGAUUGGUUAGUUGCUGGUACUCAGUCUGGUUCACUCAUUGUCAUGGACACGAGGAGCGCAGAGAUUGUGCACUCUCUGAAGAGUGUGAAGGACUCCGUGACAUCACUGUACUUCCACACAGAUCUACAGCACAGAUGUUUAAAGAGUUACCUACUGGUGGGGACAGCAGAUGGAACCCUAGUGAUUUAUGAAGAUUCAGUCUUGGAGGUGAAGAAUGGAGCUCCAGUGAAAUCGCUGCAGAUUGGUGAUGUGAACACUCCACUGAUGUGUGUCGGCCCCUCGGGUCACUCUCAGGAGCGCAGAGCUCUGUGGGCUGCCUGUGGUACCCGGGUGAUAUCACUGACAGUGGAGUACGACAUCUGUAGGAGCAUAAACACCAAACCCAAACAACUCUUCUUAAAGCAGGGUCAUGUCAGCAGUGAUGUGUGUAUAUCACGGUUAGCAGUAGACAAACAUUUGUACGUGAGUAAAACAGGAGGCCACAGUGUGGAGGUCUGGGACAAAAAGACAGAGAGGAUGGUGAAUGUCAUCGACUGUGCACAAUUACUCCGGUUAGGUUCUACCAGAAAAUCCCAGAACGAAGACACAUGUAGACAGAUGGAGUCAUCUUUUGCGAUUGUGAAAGCACUGUUGGUGCAGCACAAUGGGACUCUGUGGAUCGGGACGAGAUCAGGACACAUGCUGUUAGUGGAGAUGCCCAGCUGUCAGCUACUGCAGACCAUCAGCUCUCACUGCCUCUCCAUACGCUGCAUGAGCUCUGUGCUGCUAGAGACACUAAACCGCAAGAAUGUUAUUCUGGUGUUGGGAAGAGGACAAUGCAUGCCACAAGAUCAAACCAAAACACAAUUAGUUGAGGAUUCAGUGUUGAUGGUGUGGAAUAGUUCACUUCCUCUAGAGAUCAAAGAUCUAAAAAAACACUGUGAGCUACGAGAAAGCAUCACCAAUAGAAUGAGAGACACACUCCUCGACUGAACGUCCUGUCUGCCUGGGCAUCACUUCCUGUCAUAUUCAGUACAUUACCUCUAACUAGUUUCUUUAUACUGUACUAUUCUGUUAAAAGGGACCUGUGUGAAAAUGCAGUUAGUGUGAAAUGUCAUUUUGUACAAUCAAGGGAAACUAUUAUUUGUUGUUACAUCUCAUAUGUAGCUGUACAUUGGUAUAUUUAGAUUAUAUGAAAACUGACACAUUUACAAACCAAAAUGAAAAUUGAAAACACUAAGCUUAUCUUCAUUAUUAUUUUAUUGUAUUUAUUUAUGCACAAUAAUGAAGCCAUAUGCAGUAAAUGCAGCCAUGCUUUCUCUAAUUUACCAUGGUAACAAUUCAUGCUCACCAUAGUUACUACAAUGAUUGUCACUACAGUAAAACCGUGGUAACAUGGUAUUAGCAUCACUUUAUCAAAGAAAGAAAUGUCAGAAGGGUUCUAAAAGCUUCUUGAAAUGUUUAAAGGAGAUCCCACAUUAAUAUAUUAUGAUUUUACUGUAGUAACCAGGGUAACUAUGGUAUUUUGGCAGAAAAUGUGGUUACCAUUGUAACUAUUUGUGAGGGACUUCAUGGGUAUCACGUUUAGGGGCAGCAACUUUCCGAAAUGAAAUCAUCAUUCUAGCUGCACUGCCAAAGACACAAAUACAAAUUUUGGUUUAUACACCAGGAUUACUAAAGAGCUCAUCCAAUCUCUGAUUGGUCUUAUUCUCUUGUGAAUUGUUUUAAGAAAUCAUAUAAUCUAAAUUUAUUCGAAAAUGAUUCUUAGCUGGACCUUAAAUAAUCCACUAUCUGAAUGCAUCACAACUGUUAGCUUUUAAAGUUACAGUACACACUGUGCCUACGUAGUAUUUUUGUUUUAGUAACAUACUGUUCUGUCACCCUCUAUUAAGCUAUUUUGACCAUGUAAUGCCAAUAAUUAAAUAAUUCCAGUGUAAUUACUUUGUAAAAUUAAGCAUAUCAAUAAAGUCCUGGAGAAUAAGCCAUAUAAAAUAAAUUGCUUAUUGCUAUAUUUUUUAUUAUUACAUGUUAUGUGAAUGCAGUUAUUGAGGAUGCUUCUCAGCUGUGUACCAAGUAUGUUUUUAAUAAAGAGUUACGCCAGUUCA